GUGAGAAUUCAGUAGUCAAAAGUUUGCUUGCGAUUUUCAGCUGAGUCCUUAUAUAUUUCAGCGAAAUGGUGUCUUAGAUGUACAAUAGUUCAACGUUAUGAAGGUUGGGCAGUAGCUAUGGCGAUUUUCUUACCGAAAUGAAGUCAUGUUGAAGGCCACAAAUUUAGCUUUGUACAUCUUGGUCUCGAUCGACUCUUCGAGAUGGCUGACAAAUGCGAGAUUUGUUUCUCAGAAGAAGAAAUUAACUGUCAUGGAACCGUGAUCUUCUUUUCAAGAUGGGAAUUGUUUGCUCUGGACCAUCAAAGAACUUUAUUAAUUCAACAAUGAAUGGCGAAAAUGGCGCAUUUACAGAAGAUAUUGUCGUUCGUGUAUCGGAUGAGGGAUUCUGCCCGUCUAAACUCGUUCUACAUAAAGGACAGUGCAUCCUGUUUGAAUGGAAUUUAGAAAGACCAUCUUCAGGUGUCAACAUCAUUCAGGUGAGUGGUACAGAGCUGGAUCAUGUACCUGGUGGAUAUAACAGUGGCAGUCUAGCUUGCUCUGGUUCUUUUAAAGUGUGCUUGGGAAGGGAAGGCCAAUUUACCUUUUUGAGUGGAUCUUUUAGUGACAAGCUCAAGACUUUAAAAGUACAAGUGUUGGAGAAACCAGUCACUAAAAUCAAGGUAAAUCAUGGAAGAUUUGAGCAGCAGUUUUUUAGCAUUCAAGAAGGUGACACUGUCCAGUGGAGCUGUGAAAACAGAGUUGCUGAAACACCUUGUUAUCUGCAAGAAAUGGAGUAUUGUUUUAAGCACAGUGGAUUUAUUUCCAAGUCAAGGCUCGAAGUUAAAUCAGUCUGUGAAAGGACAUUCCAGAACACAGGAUUGUACUACUUUCACCUUGAAAACUAUGAUGCUGACUGGGCUGAUGAUGACGUAACUAGCUCUUUCUGUUUGGUGAAGGUUACACAAACAGACAGGGAGUUCCUAGUUCAUCCAUCUGAGGAAGGUCUGCAUCCCAAUUUGAUCUCAGCUAGAGUCCAAGAUAGAAUCUGGCUUGAGUGUUCGUCGAGCAGGAUUCAUGGCAGCAAAAUUGUGGAUGCAUAUAUUUAUAAAGAUUCCCUGGCCAGCCCUUUGGUUACAGCAAAACUGUCUGGCUCAUCAAGAAUUGCCGAGCUUGUGUGCCAUCAGUUUACUGAGCAAGGCCUAUAUCACUAUGUUUACAACAUGGCUGACCUCUCCCAGUUACGUGGGUGUGUUGUGGUACAACCCAAACCAAGGGAGCAUGUCAUCAAGAUAAUGGAUGGCCAAUUUACACCUGCUCUCAGGACAGUUUUUGAAGGAGAGAGAGUUUGGUGGACUCAACAACAUGAGCAAUCAUUUAUCCUGAAAGAGCUGGGCUGCUGCACACCUGCUAAAGGUUUGGCUGUAAGACGGAAAUCUUUCAGAUCUGGUUGUGGAUGUAAAAAAGUAAUGGACCUGGAGAGCAUUAUGAGUCAGUUGGGAGUGGCAACUCACAAGUUUCAUGAGAUAGGAGAGUUUACUUACUGUCUGGUGCUUCAGGGUAGCAGAGAUACAGUUUCCCAGUCUCAAUGCUGUUCUGUUGUGGUGGAGAGAACUGCAAAGCAUCGUACAAUCAAAGUUCAUGACCAGGGCUUCGCACCAAGAAUCUUGAAUGUACACCCUGGAGACUGGGUGUGGUGGCAAUGGGAAGGUACACAGAAACGUCAUAACAUAGUGCAGGUUUCCCAUCAGCACAUACCAAUCCCUGGUGGAUUUUACAGUGGAAAGCCCACUUGUUCAGCAAGUGCCUUUACAAAUGUGUUUACAGAGUUUGGUGUAUUUUAUUUUGCAAGCAAUGGCCUUCCCAAGGUCUUUGGUGCUGUGGUUGUAACCCCAGAGUCUCAGGUCCACAAAAUUCAUGUGGCUGUCCACGGAAUCCAGCUCGAUCCACUGGUGAUUUCAGCAAAUGACUGUGUGUCUUGGGUGUGGCUAGAUGAUGAGUCCUUUAGUAUACAAGAAAUAUUGGAGCCAGAUGGUGAUGUGGGGGAUACUGUGGUGCAUAACUCAGAAGAUGCUUAUAAGAGAUGUUAUUCUCAAAUACUUCCCAAGGCUGGAAUGUACAAUUUUUUAUGCACAGCAUACCAUAAAGAUAAAAGCGAGGUCCACAGCCAAGAAACUGAUUCCUUCAUCCACUCUGUACUGGUAGACCCAGUCUCCUACUCGUGCAUGGUGGGAGUUACCGCUGACGGAUUUAAGCCCUCCACUAUUACAGUAGCGCAGUCUCAGAGCAUUCUGUGGUCGUGGGAAAACCAAGGUGACGAAGAACAUAACAUCCUUCAUGUAAGACCGCCCCAAGAUCAACAGCCACUUGCUCGUGUUCGAGGUCUUUCUGCAUUUGAUAGUGGUCCCACGACAACCCGUAGCACAUUUUUUCACACGUUUGAUGUUCCUGGGAGAUAUUUCAUCACAUCACAAGGAACAGACGCACAGCUGUGUGUAGUUGAUGUCAUAGAAAAUGCUGCGUAUGUCUCACCUCCGAAAAUAUCUGUUGCUGAAGGAAACGGAGGUCAUGUCGAAUGCGGCUAUAGAGUGUUCUUAGAAUGUGCAACAGUGGAUGCUGAGAUAUUUUACACAACUGACGGAUCUUAUCCUGCUGACUGCAAUGCGGAGCUUUUGCAUUACAAGAAGAAGACAGGAAUUGUCCUGACUAAAGCAGGAUUCACUGUUAUCAGAGCUAUUGCCAAGAAAAACGGCUGGGUAACAAGCCCGGUUUACACUUCCAAACGGUUUUGGGUCGCUGAGGGCGACAAGUUUGGUCAAGAGGUAUCAGACGAUGAGGAAGACGAGGAAUACUUGGAAACUGGGUCUGAAGAAGUUGAUCUGAAAGAAGAGAUUUUCAAGUGGCACUGGUUGAGUUGCAGACCAAACAUCACCAUGGAGCUUGUGUGUGACAACACGUACAAUAUUGAUGUAACUCUUGGUAACGCCGCUGAUUUGACAUGGAUCAAAGGUUUUCAGCUUUUCAUGAACGGCACUCCGUAUGGAGGGUGGUUUAGCCCGCAUUGCCGAAGCCUGGUUGUCAGCGGUUUGAUUGGUGGAAAGGUCUAUCACGUGGUGCUUGUUGUGUUCGCUACCCAUGAUUCUUUCGAACCCCAGCUCUCUAACGAAGUGGUAAUCUCUUGCCCUUUACAAGCUUCAUCCGGGGGCCCACUCGUAUCUUUGGAGGCCGCUCCCUCACCCCAGUCCCUUGUGAUUGUAUGGCCAGCCUACGGUUAUCCCGCUGAAGUCACUGCUUAUUCUGUGUUUAUUAAUGGGCAGCCCUUUGGAGAACAGAUCAUACCGCAAGCUGACAGUGAUUACUGCAGAGUGCUGUUUGAGAGCAAUCUACAACACGACGUUUAUACACUGUGUUUGGCCUCUCAUUUAUCAGAAUCAGAUGUUCUGCUGUAUUCCAAUGAGGUUGAAUUCACACUACCAGUUCCAGAGGAAAUUCUUAGUGCCCUACAUAAACCCAAAGGUGACGAGGACUCCACAGGAGGCCAUGACCUUGAAGAUGGUGAUGUACCUGCAAGAGAGCUGCUGUUAAUUGCCGAGAGAGUAAUCCCGCAAUCAAGUGUUACUGAGCAGUCAGGAAUCGAAAAGCUUUCGUUAAAAUCAGUGGCCAGCAAACUGCAGACAAUUCCAGAAGACCAGCAAUUAGAUAUAAUGGUCGCUGAAGCUGAUGCAGAAAAUAUGGAGAACGUUCCUAGUACAGAAAAUGGUGAUACAGACGCUGAGCCACCAGAGCAGCAGACUGGUUUGCAAGAACAAACAGAUGCAAUUGUUGUAGAUGAGCAUAUUCCUGUUGUUGAGAAUGAAGUGGAUCUCCAAGAUACAUCACAUGAUGCUACAAUGCUGCAGGAUGAUGCUGAUAGCGAGCUUGUGUUUGAACUGGACGCAACCAUUUUUAGAGAUCGUGGUGAAAAUAUUCCUGUGAAAGAGGCAAAUCUUGGACCAUUAAAAGAAGAGACGGAAGCAGAAGAAAUAGAGACUCAACUGCUUGGUAGAGAUGCUGGUGAGGAAGGCUUGGGUGAACACUCUGAUUUAGAUAAAGAGAUUCUGGAUAAUGAGCGAAACGAUGACGGCAGUUUGGAUCAGCAAGAAAAUCAAGGGAAUGGAUCGAGCAAGGAAGUGCCAGACAAGAACGGGGUCACUUAUCAAGCAACAAAUGAAAAUGAUGAAACAGGAAUUGAAUCAAAGUUGGACAAUGAAGCAGAAACGUUUGGGACGGAGAGGAUUUCAGAGCAAAAUGACUCUGAUUUCUUGGAUCAUGUUGAAAAACAACACGAAGAGGGAAUAGCAAAGGAGGCAACUGUCACUCCAGCCGAACAUACUGACGGUAAUGGUCACGCACCAAGUCACGCAUCAUGUGACAAUGAUGCCGAAUACCAGGAAAGCAAGCACUCUUCAAAUUUUCAAGAACAUCAGGACAUUAAAACGCAUGACACUGACACAAGAAAAGAACAUGAUGAACAAGAAUAUGGUUAUUCUGAAGGCCUUGAGCAAGCUGCUGACACUGACAAUAGUCACGAGAGCCAACCAAGAGGCAAUGAUGUAGGUUUGGACACAAAUGACGAUGGACUGAAUAGUGAACUGAUUAGUAAAAGAAAUGCAAAAGAAAAUAAUUCUCCUGACAAAAACAACAGUGAUUCAGACGUACAAGAGGCUUCAAACCCAGGGAAUAAUGGUGGGGUUGAUGAUGAUACAUGUGCGGUAAAUGCGGAGAUCAGUGAAACAUGGCAAAAGGAAAGCGAAGAAAAUGCCAAGCUCAAUGUAAGAGCAACAGAUGCAGAAGAACCUAAAGAAUGCAGAGAAUACAAAGAAGAAUGCUACAACAUAGGUGAUGAUUCUGAAUUGAAGGUGGUGAAAGUGAAUCAGUUAGACGAGGAAGUUGAAAGAGGAUUAGAAAACGAUCAGCCGCUCGAAAAGAUCCUUACAGGAGCUGACGAACUGCUACAAGAGCCACCCAGCAAUAUUUCAAUGGUGGAAAACCAAGGCAUCUCACUGCCUAAAGAAGAAGACGAAGACGAGGAUCGAAACGUCAAAGGGUUCAGAGAGAACAGCACAAUUGAUGAGAAUGUCAAUGGCGGUGAGAACCAAUCAAUGGCCAAAGAGGAGCUAAGAUCUGAACAUUUCACGUCUGAUCAAGUACGUAGCACUGAUGAUGUCACCAAUGAGCCAAAACCAACUGCUAAAGGAGACAAACAGACGUGCAAUGAAGUGCCGAAAGAUACUUGGUCAGCGUCAAGCAACCUUGGAUCAGUGAAGAAUGAAGACGAUGAUAACAAAGAUGAAAUGGAAACAACAGAUAUGCCUACUUUUGAAGAAGCAGCCUUCGAGGGUGGUGUUUGGUCGUCACGUAGUAACGUAGAGGACAGUGACAGCUUACAACAAGUUGACAAGGAACAUGAAAUCUCUUAUAGGAAGAGAAAAGAUGAAAUACCUUGUGGAGGAGACAGUUUGCAAGGACUAGGCACCAGUCCUGAGGACCUCCCGCAGGAUGGAUCUGAACAGCUACCCAGACCCCUGUUAGUAAUCAAAGGGACCACGCCUACUACCGUAACUCUGGAAUGGGAGUGGUCACUGCUGCCCGAGCAAAUCGCUGGCGCUGACGUUCUGUAUUCAGUGUUGAUACUCGGUAGCAAGUUUCACAGCAAUAUUAAUAGCAGUCUGUGUUUCAGCUUUGAGGAAAGUCCAGCUAAGACGAUGUGGCCAAAACAAAAUACAACUUUGAAGCAACACUCAUGGCGCACCACCAACACUGUUAUAGAGAUAACCGGCUUGAAGCCUCGCCGUAGUUACAGACUAGCAGUUCUUGGUCAGUUGAUGCCUUGUGCUAAUGACUGCCUGUCGAGUGUUAUUUCCUUCACGAUGCCUGGGCCACCAAAACCGCCAUUAAUCCAUGUCACAGACCUCAAGGAUAGAGAGGUUACCUUGACUUGGAAACCGCCCGCCUCGUUUGGUGAGGCGACUAUAGUGGGAUAUCGACUACUGAAUGACAGAAAGGCAUUUCGGGAUGAUUUAGACUGCGAGACCCUUAGCCUGAGUUUAAAUGCUUUGGAGGAAGGAAAACAUUACAGCUUCAGUUUGUUAGCCCUUACUGGACACAGUGUGGGUGACAGCAAACCAUCCAAUACCGUCGUUGUAUACUGUCCGAUCCCUCCCACAUCACCACAAAUCUACCCCAGAGAAUCUACAACAGCGGGAUCUAUAUCAAUCGCCUGGAAACAUGAGGAGCCAGCGAGCGCUGAUAACACUACGCCGCAUGCGUACUACAGCUACAAUGUAUUCGUGGACGACACGCUCUAUGGGGAAUGCCUGCUGGCCGGUUUGACUGACAUAUUCGAGGAUGAGCACACUUACACUGUUCCAAACUGCGCGUUUGGCCGGAAGUACAGAGUGUGCGUUAAAUCAUAUUUGAAUCCUCGAGAGACUGACAGUGGCGUUGAUAGUACGGUGUAUGUGUGUGGUUGCUAUGGCACCAGCUCAAACGUUUUAGACCUGUACUGUGCAGGGCCGCCGUCUCCGCCCAAUAUUCGAAUUUCUGGGAUUGACCAAUCAGGGGUCACUUUGUCUUGGAACAGGUCACGUGAAUUCGGUGGAGUCACCUUAGCGGGUUACAUUCUUCACGUAAACGGCAAAUGGUCAGGAGAACUGCUCUCCCCGGAACAGCAGGAAACAAAGCUGACAGGUUUUAAUCCAGGAGAUGUUAUUCGCGUUCAGUUGGCUGCUGUGACUGGUGACCUUGGUGUUCCAAUAUCAGAUGUUGUUAACCAGGAGGGCAAUAAAUCGCGUUGUUUCCCUCCUUCAUACGAGCCACCCGACAGUGGAGUGGAAAGCAGCUCAAGCUUUCUGUCCAAGCGGUCAACCGAUUCAACCAAGCAGUUUUCCCGCUCAGUAGGGCCGCCGUUAGUGAUCCAGUUUUCCAACUUUGUGAAGAAAGUUUCUUCUUUUGAAGUGAUUAACGUAGGUUGUCGGUCUGCUCUGAUCACAUGGUCCUUAGAUGAUACCGCUGAUCGCUGUAUUGAGCCGGAAAUUCUUAGUCUAUCAUGUUGGAAAGCAACAGAACAGCGAGGGUCUGCUGUUAAACACAUUGUCAGAGAGAAACCUUUCAGAAUUAAAGACCUUGCACCCGGGAUUGAGUACUGUGUGGUACUAGAAUGCUUCGCAUCACACGUCAAUGACGACAAGUCCAGUGAACAGCCAAUCAACCGCACUCAAUCCCAGUCCACGUCAUUCAAGACAGGCCUUGCACCAGGCCCCCCGAGAAACAUUUAUGUUGUUUCUGCCACAGAGCAAAGCAUCAAGCUAGCAUGGGAGCCUCCUGAAGAACAUGGUGUAUCUGCCAUCAUGAUUCAACUUAACACUAGAAAAAAAGAUGAAAACGUCACUGACAAAGGUACAGAUGUUCAAGUAUCGCCUGGCACAAGCGUUUUCAAUUUUGAUUGUUUAGCUUCGAGGACGGAAUACAUAUUCACUCUAAAGGUUUUAACGGAAGAAGAAUUGUUAGAAAUGAGCGAGGUGAUAGCUGGUUCUAUUGCGCGUUUCUCUGCGUGGACAAACGGUGUUGAGCCUGCAGACAAAUUGAACUUAGAAUCGCGUACGCCGACUUCACUUGUCAUUACAUGGCAGCCCGCGGUGGCUUAUGGUAUGUCAACUGUUCAACACUAUGUCGUGCAUUAUGUUCAAAACAAACAGUUACGUAAGCGGUCACGUGGUAGAGUGGGGCCGGUAAAGGAGGCUGGGAAGGAACUGAUUGUUGAACCGGAGCGAUGUUAUGCAGAGCUGUGUGGAUUGGAACCUGGUAUUGUAUACAGAAUCAUUUUGCAAACUGUUGAAGGGCUGACAGACUACUCGUAUGACGAGGAUUUUGAGAGCGAGGACAGCGACACGAAUUCAACAAUCAGCAGUGUUCCAAGUGAAAAACCGCCUGAAGUCCGACAAAUGCACCUCUCAGGACCCCUGUUAGUUUGUACUGCUGUACCGCCUGAGCCACCAGUUCUGCUGGUCAGAGGAUUCACCGCUACGCAGAUUGAACUGUCAUGGAAUCGACCGCUGGUUCUUGAGCCCGUCGUGGUUUCGCUGAGCACUGUUGGUGAAGACCCCGCGCGUGGCCGCAUUCGUCAUUUGAAAGGUUUUCGCGUGGAGGUGAAUGGACGUGUGUACGCAAGAUUGGCUGCCAGCAAAACUGACAUCACGCUAAAGAAAUGCAAGUCUGGUAUGAAAUACACUUGCGUAGUUGUAGUAAUGACCUGUCCAGAGAAAUCAGACGGCCAUCAAAGAAAGAGCGAAACUUUGGAUGCGUUUGUGAGCGACACGGACACCGAUGAAGACAGCAACCCGCUGUCAGACUGUUUUGAAGAGUCGGCCUCAGAUCCCGUCGAAGUGACCUUACCGCGUCAGGACUGGGGUGUAUCUUUGAGCGUGAAUUACUGUGAAAACAAACCCGCAGGCUCGUUGGGGGACAGCCCGUGUAGUGAGAGUGGCGAGGAGGAGGGUGGAUUGGAAGUUCGGUGGAAGAUGACUGAACUGGCGGAUGAUGUGAGUGGAUACAGACUGGUUUGGUACAACAGCAAACAGCAGGACAGGAGCGAAGUGUUUUUAUCUGGCGAUGCAAGUGGGUACGAAAUAUGGUCUGUGUCAUUCAGUGCUUUGUACACUUUUUAUCUGGAAAUACUUGACAUGAGAGAAGAAGCUGUAACAGUGUUUGGACCAGUCCAUUGCCAGACCCCGGGCCCUCCGUCUUCUCCGUGGAUCUGGUGCCGAACUAUGUCUUCAUAUCAGAUCACUAUUGAGUGGAAUGAGCCUGUUACAUACGGGAAUGUCACCAUCCGGGGUUACCAGGUUUAUCUCAAUGAACGUCGUUUAGAGAAAAUAAUAGACCGCAGACAAAGAAGAGUCAACAUUCACUGCCAAUCAUCCAGUGUGUACCGAAUAUACGUUGUGGCGCUGGGUUCAGAUCCCCAGCAUGGCGAUUCCCCCCCGUCUAAUUUACUGACGUUGUACACACCAGUGGUCCAAGACAGCACCAUGGGACGAAGACCGUCCGGGGGGAUCAUACGACCUCCUUUUGAUGUCACCGUGAAUGUGCUAUCAACUUCAAAUACCAGCAUCUCAAUUGAAUGGACCCAUCCGGCAGAAAUAGUAGAUACCGCUGACCAUUACCUCAUCAAACGGAGCUCAGUUCUCCGACCUCAGGUCCAAGAACUAACAUUACCAUUGAUCCAGACCUGUCACGUGAUUGAUGACUGUUCACCUGGCACUAGUCACUUUGUGGUAGUUGCAGCCGUUAAUGCGGCUGGGGGUCUGGUCGCCAGGUCACAACAGUAUACGGUACAGACAUCUGCACCAGUUACACAGCCUGCCUUGCAGCUCAGGGCCUGCCUUCAAUCUGGUAUAACGAUUGAAUGGCGGAAACCAACGACGUUUGGCGAUGCUGGGAUUGAUUACUACCAGCUUAUGGUGAAUGGCGAAGCAGAGACAGAGCUGGAUGUCGAGUGUAAUCACUACAAGUUAACAGACUGUCAGCCUUGCGAGCAGUACACGUUUCUCCUCAAAGCCUUCAGCACCAAAGUUGCGUGCGAUAGCGACUGGUCUGAUCCAUUAGUCGUCACGUGUCCUGGUGCAGAGAAACCGCUGAUCACCAGGAUCCCGUCUCAGCAAGUCAACUGUAUCAGAGUUGGAUGGAAAACACCAUUGCUUAAGGGUGGAGCAAAGGUGGACAGUUACAAGGUCUAUUAUCAAGAAGACAAAGGUAACAUGGUAACAAGUCAAGAUAUUAUAACCGAUGCUCAAUCGAUACAGCAUGGUCUAUUGCCAUCAAACAUUGAAGAGGACAAACUUAUGAACGUCUCUCCCGACUCGUAUUAUUGGGUCGUGCUACAAGUGGAGCUAACGCCAGUAGGCUGCAAGUCCGUUAACUCUGAGCCAAUCAGAACACGUGCUGCUGUGUCACCUGACCCACCUGUGAUCAGUUUGGAAGUCGAGGGCUUGGACGAGAGAAAAAGACUGGAGGAGAGGAUAUGCGAGCUGUCAAACAAGAGAGACAGACUUCACAGAAUUCUUCAUUUAUUGGAGAACAGCGUUGUUGUUAAAGGAUCAAAGCAAAAAGAUCUUCAGAUUGCUAAGGCUACAGACACAAUAUUGGAAAUUGACUCGGAUCUGGCCGAUGCUCUUGAAGAUAUCAAAGAGUACACAGGCUCUAUUUCAACUCUUAUAAGGUGGUCAAGACCACGCGACGAUGGAGACGCGGUGGUGAGCGGUUACCAAGUAUUUGUUGAUGGCAUUCGAUGCGGGAAGAUUCUCUCACGGUGGACUCUGGAAACUCGUGUGAAGCUUUCCGUUGCUGGUCACGUGAUUGCUGUUCAAACUCUCAGCGAUCACCCAGUUGGGUCCAGUCCUCUCUCAAAUGCAAUCGAACUGUCUGGCCAUGGAUUUCUACCUUUCGUGCUGUUUUGUUACUUUGAUGUACACAAGCGAAAUGAAAGUUGGCCCAACUCUGGAUGUUGUAGCUGGGAUGAUUCCCAUGCUUAUGAGCUUAAACAUAGAAUCCGGACUUCCGGUCGAGUGUUCAUACCUCGAGGAAUCCUGGUUCAUAGAAUUCCCUGCCCUGUGUUGAGUGUAAUGGACGUGUUCAGUGCUCAGUGGCGGCCUCUGACUCCUGUCGGCAUCAACAAAAUGGUGGCCUUACUUUUCUGGACCAAGUGGUGUUAUUCGUCACUGGAGGUUAUGGAACAUUUCCUGCAGUUUGCUGAAGAAUUCAGGGACAAGUUUGCGUUUGUCACUUGCUGUGUGCGGAGUGAAGAACCAGUCCCCUCCCAUCGCCAGUCCCUGGCCAAUAUUCUGACCGAGCGAGGCUGGCGUAAAACCAACGACUCCGUCACGCAUACGUGUGGCUGCUAUUCGCAAAGUCAGCGGACUCGCUCGAUAAGGCGUAGCUUGAUUAGUGACCCGGAUGUAUGCCAGCUGUUUGGUCUGGUUGGAGCACCGACACUUAUUUUACUUGACAGUUCAGGUUACAUAUCAUGGCAAGGCCGGUGCUGUUGUCAAAAUGCCUCAAGUUUUCGUACUUUUCUGCUGCACAACUUCUCUCAAGUGAGUGGAUCUCCUUGCCCUGUUCCUAGCUGCACAGACUGUGAUCUCGACAAAGAAGACGAUGAAGAGCCCAGCACUUCAGAAAUUGACGAAAGCGUUGAAAACUCGUCAAGCCAACAUCGCCGAGAAUCACUCGAGUUAAGCUCUUUGCGCCAAAGACUUCAUGGAGCUAAACCGGACGACAAACAUUUUGCAUCACGUAGAUCUUUUGCGCCUCAAGGUUUGAAGAAAGAACUGACAAGACCUAAAACUACUACAGCUGCUACUCGUUAUACAAAGCCUCCCGUCUACAACAGGACCAGCGGGCUUAAUGAACCUUUCAGAACUUAUUCUCGCUCUUUUAGCGCGCACGGUGCUAUUCAGCCCAGACGUCCAGGCACGACACGGCCUGGGUCUGUUUCAGUGCGGACGCACACGCGCGCACCACAGGCUAGUACCGAAUUGUCUUCCGGUGAUUUUUCGCUCCCGGUUGUGACACGGCAAAGAGGUAAAAGAACUCAUCCGGUUGAGCAUGGCUCGGCACCAAGAAUCAAAACAAAAAUAUCAGUCGAAGAUAUUAAUCUUUUGCAGAAAUAGAGAAAACAUAACUUAAAGAUUGCGUGUCGGUCAGGACAGCUUUACUGAUGUAUUUAAAUAAUAUGAGACAAGACAAAAUCAAAAGUACUUCUCUGUGAGACGCUGAGCUUAGAAAAUAUUUAAAUGAGAUAUAUAUUAUUUUAUCGUGAAUGAGCAGGUAGCCAAAGUAUUUUGAUCGGGGUGGGGUGGGUGGGAAAACUUACUCUUAGAUUGGGAAUCACAGCCACGUACAUACAAGAACAGCCAACAAAAUAGUCAUUUUGUUCCUAAAAAUACCAUAGCUGGAAAACAUAAGGUACCUAUAUCAGAGCUUAGCUCUCAUUUAAUUACGUGUUUAUAAGAAACAUUAUAAAGUACAUCUAUUUUCGUCCAAGCGACGUUAAAAAGACACUGUAAAUAGUUCUUACGUAUACUCGAUAGGUUUUGUACACAAAUAUUGAUGUAAUUUAUUACUACGUCGUUAAAGGAAAUUGUUUUGCUCUCCCUACAUUGGCUCUGUCGGUGCCAACGAUGAUCUGUAGGUCAUUUCUGCUCAAAACUUGGACUUACAGCUACUCCCCUAAGAAAUGUCUCAUCGGUGCCUGAAGAGCUCAUGAAACAAGGAGUGUGUUAAGAUAGGUGCUAAGAGCGCAUGUAUUAGAAUAGAGUUUACUACGUGUAAAUAUUGAACUGCAUCUAGGGUAAAAUACAUUUCAAAAUUUCGCACUACCGUAAUUUUGGAAGAUUCCGGUAAGACUACUAGGGAAUCAAUAUACUCUCCUCUGGAAAAAGCCCAUUUCUGUCCACUUCCGCUUUCUCCUUUAUUGUUUCUUCGUACGUGUAUUUAGUCACUGUCGACACACUGUAUUCCCAUGCAUUAAAGACUGUUAGUAGUCAUGGCCUAUAAAAACUUGAUCUUUCCCAAAUUUGACUAUGAAUAAAGUUAACCUUGUGGAUUUGCAA